AAUUACACCAAAACCAAACGAAUACCAACAAUAAUACAAUUUAGUUAUAAAAUAGUCUAAACACGUAUUUUAGUUGCCAACAACUUAAUGCUGGCCGGUAAUUCGUCUCGCUCACUCGUAAAAUGAAGACAUAAUAGUGGCAAUUGAAGUAACAACACACAGACACGCAAUCUUAACACGAUCCCAUUUACACUUUUUAUUUGAACGUACAAAAACAUUCUAAUUUAGCGAUUCCGAUGCAGCUACCGAAGUUUAAGACGGAAAUGUAAUUAACAGUAAUUAUCUCUUUGUUACAGACGCAAGAAACUGAAGAAUGGAACGAGAUUUGGAGAGGACGACGUUUAGUGACCAACGAUGCACAAGAUUAUAAUAUAUAAGUACAUAAUGACGUUAAUGAUGAAGAUGGACGCGAUAAGGCUAGAGCUGACCUGACGAAAGAUUUAGCUAACGGUGAUCGAAGUCAAAUCGUGGUAGUGAAAGGACUUUUUGAGUGUGAUGAAGUGUUGACUGUUUGUGAAGGUGGACUAUGGUGUCUCAUUGCUAGGACUGUAAAUAAUGCCUGAUCGGGAGUCGGUGGGAGGUCCUGGGAGUGCAGGCAGUGGUUUCCUACCACUUCAGUUCCCGUCGGCGUUUGCGGCAUUCCAUGCUUCGACCCCACCCGGAACUCCUACUUCAGCGAUGCAUCACGCUACCCAUUACCAUCAUCAUGCCCAACGCAAGAAACUGAAGAAUGGAACGAGAUUUGGAGAGGACGACGUUUAGUGACCAACGAUGCACAAGAUUAUAAUAUAUAAGUACAUAAUGACGUUAAUGAUGAAGAUGGACGCGAUAAGGCUAGAGCUGACCUGACGAAAGAUUUAGCUAACGGUGAUCGAAGUCAAAUCGUGGUAGUGAAAGGACUUUUUGAGUGUGAUGAAGUGUUGACUGUUUGUGAAGGUGGACUAUGGUGUCUCAUUGCUAGGACUGUAAAUAAUGCCUGAUCGGGAGUCGGUGGGAGGUCCUGGGAGUGCAGGCAGUGGUUUCCUACCACUUCAGUUCCCGUCGGCGUUUGCGGCAUUCCAUGCUUCGACCCCACCCGGAACUCCUACUUCAGCGAUGCAUCACGCUACUCAUUACCAUCAUCAUGCCCAGUUGGCAGCGGCGGCGGCGGCGGCUGCAGGAGCUACCAGCGAGCUGAGCUACCUCGCGGCUCUCCAUCCGGCAUAUCGACCGGUGCCUUACGACCAUCCCUUAUACGGGGCUAAUACUUUAAGAGGUAAGUGUAAUAAUACUAGCAAAAAGUCCAACAAAAAGAGGAAACUGACAGAUUACAAUUACUCUUUUGACGUAAAUUACAGCUUUGCUGGUUGUGAUAAGUCCAGUGACUUGUUAGUUAACUAG